AUCUUAGAUCUCACUUAUUUCUUCCUUGAAGUUUAAUCGCCAGGUGGGGGGUAAGCACUUACUGAACCGCGAUUAAUACAAGUUACUCAUUGGGCGAAUGUUGCUUGGGAUACUGACAAGACAUGGCUGGGGGUACUCGAGUAACGCGCAUUUCGAUCUGGUAAGGAGUUAUGCUCAAGGUCCUGACAGAGGGUGAAACUUAAUUUCGGGUGUGAUGCUUCUGAAGCUUCUGAUGCUCCUGCAGUCCCUUGACAAGCAUCUGGAUCCUAGCUUAUGGAGCAGCCCCAUGUCUACUUGUACAGUACUACCAGUACGAGUACAAGUACAGUACCGUACUCGAGUAAUCUCCACAACCCAAAACAAAUUGAGCCCGAUCAAAUUCCAUAAUCACGCACUUAUCUGGGCGUAGGGGUAGCUGCUACCGGAACAGUAAUCGCUCCAGUCUUAGGCGUGGCUUCUAUGGACCUCUUGCUUCCGGAUUAAUUACCACUGCGCCUGCUGACCUUGUCUUACUGCCGGUAUUGCAAGGACUAACUAGCUAAUUAUUCAGGUCUUGGUUGAAGAGAUCCUCAGCAGCCAGGAAUGUACCGCAGGGAAUGUUGCUUUUGAGCAAAUAUUGGUUGUGUCAUCAGUUUCCUCAAGCGCCCCGAGGGGAAACAUCGUGUCAGCAAAAUCAAGUGGGCAUCCGGACUAUCGUAUAAGGGAUUCUCUACAAAGUGUCCUACCAUCCGCGCCGAUGUCAAUUCUUUACCUGGCAAACCAGUCUCGGUUUCAACAGUCCUUCCAGUUUACAUUCGCUCUCUACUACUAUCUCUACGCAUACCAAUCCCUUCGUGGACUAGCAGCUACUCUACAAUGAAGCUCUCACUUCUCACCGCACUUGUCUCCUCCCCCUUUAUACUCGCAGCAGCGAAACUCAUCGUUGACUUCAAAGGCGGAGACCAACCGAGUACUCUCGGCAACCUCGAGCUCGAAGGCCAAAGCUUAGGUUGCAAGAUUACCAGUGCCGGAAACGCUGCUUUUAUCAGAUCCGAGAAGGAUCCUGCUACCGGAAAGGACGCUUUGCAUUACCAUCGUGAUCCUCACUUUAGACGAGCGGAGGUUCGGGCUAUGUCCGAGGCCAAUAAUCAAGCUGUCGAGGAUAAGACUUACUAUAUUGGGUACAACUUCCGUCUUGAAAAGGCUCAUGACGGACUCGUCAUCUUCCAAUGGAAAAAAUGGGAUAAGGAGGUUGCUCCGAAGCAGAACAUUCCCCUUUACGUUCACUUCAACUCCGAUCUCGACCUCGUAAUCGAGUACACCAUUCCAGGCACCGACGGUUCCAACCGCGAAAUUGUCUGGACAGGCCCCCUGUCCGCCGGAAGCACCAGCCACUCCCUCGGCUUCAUCAUCAACACGAAUAACAAGGGCAAGGGAUGGCUGGAAUUCUACGUCGACGGCAAGCAGCAAAAGUUCAAUGCCGCUCACGGAGGUAGCAGCCGUCUUGAGAACGUCUUUCUCCUUACCGGUAACACUUCUCCUAAGUUCGGAAUUUACCGUGCAGAAGCUGCGGGGAACAGUGAUGAUGGGACCAGGUACUGCCCGCCUGGUGGGGCGUAUUCUGGAGAGGUCGCGCCUGCUGGCACAGAUAGAAUAUUCGAUAGUUAUGUAUAUCGCGUCCAAAUUUCGGACACUAGCCUGGAGGAGGUUAAGGAGGCUGCAGGGCUUUAA